AUGGUGACUUACACUAGGAUGGGGGUUUCGGAGGAAAAGGUUCUUGCAGCUGGUGUCCUCCGCCAUCCCAGGUUCUCUUUCCAAGUCCUGUCUGGUGGCUUUCAAGCUACUCUCUGUGUUCAGCAGCUGUUAGUGCCUCCUGAAGACUGGUGUCAGUUCCCUGUAGAAUUCUGUGACUUGCAGGAUCAGUUCAUUUACCUCCUGUCUGAGGCCCUUGAGGGCAUGGGCCAAGGAGAGGAUGAUGCUGUUCCUUCUCCAACAAACGUGAGUGUUGUUUGUCACAAUUUUGUGAAUGUCCUCUUCUGGAACUACAGUAACCCAACUGAACAGCUGAAAUUUGGUGUAAAGGUUGAACCUUAUGAAAGUGCUUCCCAAACAGUUGACACCUCUCAGACGUACCUUGAUAUCAGCAGCUACAGCAGAGAUGCGGAUGACGAUUACUUUGUGUUCGUGACGGCACAUGAUGGGCAAGAGAAAUCAGAAAACGUCUCCAUUAGAUUCACCUACAGCAAAGACUAUUUUGAUGAGAAAAAACAUAAAUAUAAAUGCUCUUUGGACUUUCCAGCUGUAAAUACAUCUGUCCACAAAGAUGUGAUUGAAGUGUCCUUUCAGCACCCUUUCAUGCUUCAUAAGCAAGACAUACUGAAUGAAGAAUUUAAGUACAUAGUCACACAUGAUGAGCAAAAGGUUUUAUACUCAUGUUUUGAGGAUGAGGAGCUGUGCACUGCAGAAAUCCACCUGAACCAAAGCACAGCUGGACAGUGUGUUGAGCUGAAGCUUGAAGGGAUGAUUGCUGGUAUUCCUUCAUAUACCUACAGAAACGUUUGUGUCCCUCAGCAGACACCUGAGACAGACAAAACGGGACUAAUCGCAGCUUUGCUAGGCGGAGGGACCAUUGUGCUCUUCAUUAUCAUGGGCUUUGUGUGGCUGCUUUGGAGGAAGUUGUCCAGAAUCCCCAUAAUUCCUGAAUUUUUGCGGAACGUUAUAACUGGCCAAUCUCUUACAUCCCAAGCCGAGCCGACCGCCAUUUCCCAAAUGACAUCUCGGGGGGACACACCCCUACUGACAGAUGAGAUUUUUAGUUAUGGUUCUCCCCCCAUUUCCCCAACUGAGAAAGACUGCAAAGCAAACACUAUCCUUGAUGACACCGUAGUGGAUCUAACUGAGGUUUCUGAAGAGGACAUGGAUUGUGAAGACUCUGAAGGCGUUGGCAGGUCGUCUGACUAUGACAGUCCUAAAUUCCUGCAGGAGAUGAGUCCAGGGGACAUUACUGAGGGAUAUGGCCCUUGACCACUAGUGAUUAGGUCUGAACCUUAGUAAGAACGACACUGGAAAGUGUUUGCAUUUCUUAUGGCAAUAUGGCUUGUUCACACCAAGUCAUUGUAAUCAAUUUUGGUCCAUUAACAAUUUCACACACUGAUCAUUUGAAAGACUUUUUUUUGCUAUUAUUUUGUGUUCUCUGUCAUCGCCGCGGCUGAAAAGUAGCACAUGAAACACUGCUUACAUUUAUAUUUUAUUCUUUGAUAAUUCUGGGGUGGCACAGCUUUUUCUUAGGGUGGCAGUUGCCACCCCGGUAGAUCCGCCCCUGUCAGUAGGCUUGUGUUGUGUGCACAGAGAUAAAACUACAUCGCACCCAUUCAAAUCAAAGUUGUGUACAAUCAGACACAGUUCAGAGGGUUCAAUUGUGGUGAGAGUUAUCUAGAUUGUUACGAUGUGCUGCAUUGACAGUGUUAACUACAGCCAUGGCGAGUUUCCCACUAACCUGCAUUAAGAUAAAUUAAUGUGUAAAUAAAAUAAUUUUUCUAGGGAGGGGGAAAAAAA